CCCUCUCGGUGCUCACCCAGGGCUGGCACUGCCGGGCUGUCCCCCUGCGCGGCUACUCCGAACUCUGCCGGCCAUCGGUCUGUGUGAGCAGCCGGGGUGCUGGCGCCUGCCCCCAGCUCUGCCAGAGCAACGAACUCCCUCGGGGGCUUUUGGGGCAGCCACGGGGCUUAUCACCGUUAUAGCGUGAGCCAGGCUUCCCUCGGUUGUUGUUAGCAGGGCUAACAACGAUAACAACAACAAUAAUAACAGUAGACAGCGUUGCUGCACUGCAGAAGGAAACGUUGCAGAUGGAACGGCCAUAACCUGAUCCUCCCCUAGGGCACGCAGUAAAUGUCCCCCUGCCUUACCGUGCACUCAGACAAAUGCCAAGUGUCACGAACUGAUAUCGUCACAGGACAAGAGAGGCACUGGAACUGCAGCCACGAGCCAAGAUGCAGCCGUUAAUGCCCGAGCCUCCGAUUCCCGUGGAGAAAACCCUAGCCCUCAUCAAGCCAGAUGUCUGUGAUAAAGAAGAAGAGAUUGAGGAUAUCAUUCUGCGAUCAGGAUUCCUGGUUGUUCAGAAACGGAAGCUCCAACUAAGCCCAGAACAAUGUAGCAACUUUUAUGCAGACCAAUAUGGAAAAAUGUUUUUUCCCAAUUUAACAGCUUAUAUGAGUUCUGGACCUUUAGUUGCUAUGGUUCUGGCUAGACAUAAUGCAAUCUCGUACUGGAAGGAGCUGCUUGGACCAUCAAACAGCAUAAAAGCUAGGGAAACUCACCCUGACAGUUUAAGAGCAAUCUAUGGGACUGAUGAUCUGAGGAAUGCGCUUCAUGGCAGUCAUAACUUUUCAUCAGCAGAAAAAGAAAUUCGAUUCAUGUUUCCAGAAGCGAUCCUAGAGCCGAUUCCAACUCGACAAGCAGCUGUGGAUUACUUGAACCUCUAUGUAAAUCCUACUCUACUAGCUGGGCUCACGGCCCUUUGUAAAGAGAAGCCAGCAGAUCCAAUGACUUGGCUCGCUAAAUGGCUGAUUGAGCACAAUCCCAAUAAACCCAGGCUGCAACUUCAGACCACUGAGGCAGAGCCUCAAGAGUGAGAGCUCAGGGAAAAUCAUCUCAAGCAUUCCAUGUUAAAGAUACGUAUUAGCAUUUUCCGUGCAUUUCUUGGAUAUGUAAUUAAUAUCUGGAGUAAAUAUUGUUGUCAUAACUCCCUGUAUCUUUGAGAUAAAUAAACAUACACUUAGCAAGAGUUGAACAGUUCUGCGAGUUUUUAUAUUCACGUAGUGAUUGUAGGAUCAUGAUAAAUUUACUGUGCCAGCUGAAUUAAAAAAAAAAAAAAAAA